GCAGCUAAACUGAAAUUACACUCAAUGUUUUUUUCAGAGGGCAGUGUCUGAGGUUGCCUGGUGAUGACAACGCAUGGAUUUUCUGCUCAUACGGUAAAUUCAUUUCCUGCUGCCUGAACACAAGGUGCUCAUUGACCGGGAGCUGUUAGCGGACACAUUGUUAAACAUCAGCGUGGCGGAUCAUCCAAUACAGGGGCAGCCCUUUACUUACAAGAACUGGUUUGGAUUGCAGUUUCCCUUUUGUUGUUUUAUGACUGCAGCCCCAAAGAGGAACGGCAGACACCUAGUGACUUAAAAGAGAACUGCUGACCAAAAAGGGAAUAAUCUGGAGCUGAUUUAUAAUAGUGAAGCUCUACCCAGCAACACAGUGGUAACAAUGCAGAGAUAACUCCAUCAUCAUUUCAAAACAUCACAGUUUUUCCAUGGUUUUGUCAGAAAGUACUUUAUCUACUUUUCCCUGGGAAAACUAACUGCCAUACCUAAACAUUUUCUGACAUUUUAAUAGAGCAGCAUAUCUAGAUCCAGAGCAUUGUCCACCGCACAAUGAAUAAAUCUUCACUUGUCACCACAGCUUUCUGCUUGGACUACCUACUGGACUACAAUCGCUCCAUGCAGGGUGAUCUGACUAAUCUGCCCAAUUUUAGCCAGCAAAGCCGUGACCAUCUAUUUAUUGGUGCCACCCAGAGGGAGCCUCAGCUCAUUGCCAUUCCUGUAACAGCCUUUUAUGCUUUGCUAUUUGUUUUUGGGAUUCUAGCUAAUGGGCUGAGCAUUCUUACCCUAAUGAGAAAUGGCCGCAUGAAAACCAGUGCUAUUCGUUUCUACCUGCUCAGCCUCACCUUAUCAGACAUCCUGCUUUUGAUGACCAUUCCUAUCACUCUCUAUCGUUACUACUGGCAGUACUACCCAUGGCGCCUGAGCGACCCUGUGUGCAAACUCUACUUCAUGAUUAGACAGGUUUACUGCAGCAGCACAAGUUGGACAAUUGUUGCAUUCACUGCUGAGCGUUAUGUGGCAAUAUGCCACCCAAUGUGGUCCAUUAGUGGACUUCGCCAGUCUCGUCUGCCUUACCUCUUGAUUGCCAUUUGGCUUUUGUCCUUAGGAAGUUCAACCCCUUUUGGACUUGUUUAUGGCCAAGCUAAUGCUUGCAUCCUGGACUACACCUCCACAUCUCCAGAUGGUGCCAUGUUGUACUCCACAGUAUGUGAGCUGCUUGAAACAGAGCCCUAUCCCAUCUACAAAGGUGCUCUUCAGAUGAGAGGAAUCCUCUGUUUUCUGGUGCCUCUGGCCUCCAUCUUCAGUCUUUACAUCCUCAUUUUUUGCCAUUUACAGCAAAACAGUCGCAACCGAGAGAAAAUGGGAUUAAGGCGAAUGGAAACAUCUCCACACCAGUCCACAGACAAAAAAUCCUGUGGAAAGCUGCCAUUCUCGGAAAAGAGGGCCCUUCAGCUUAUGGGGGCUGUUAUUGUGGCUUUCUUUGUGUGCAACUUCCCGGACCUGGCUUCUUCCCUGAUGCAUGUCUACAUCAGCAAGUGGUCCACAGCAGUGCACACCCUCUACAUCGUCCUCAAGUCUUACUUGUCUCUGCCACUCUGGUAUGUCAGUAGUGCCCUGGACCCAAUUAUCUUCUGCAUAUCCUCCUCAACAUUCCGCAGUGCCUGUCACAAGACCUUGGGGCCCAUCCUGCCCUCCUAUGGCAAAGCUGCAUCUGGAUCAAGGAGAGCAGACCCAUGGGUCAUAUGCAGCAGCUGCUGCAUGAAAGAAGAAGGUGCAGAAGGAGGAAGAGGUGGAAGCCGAGCCACAACCAGCCAUUUGAGUCGCAGAUCCACCUGGACACUCAACUCCUCAGUAAGGGAGCAGAGCGAGUGCACCGGAUUUAUGUUACAAAAUGGAGAUCCCCAGCUCCUCUCACUGCGUAGUCUCUAUGGAGAUGAAGUGCCAGAGAAGAUCUGACUGACUGACUGCCUUGUAUUCUGUGUUCUGCAAAUAUGUCUGAAAUGAAAGCUGCCCCUUUCUACUUCACUAGCUACCCAGAAGUUGACACCUCCCCUGGUUGAAACCAUUUUCAAUUCUAAGGGGCAGCAUGGGGCCGGGCACACUUGGGCAUACAUCCACACUUAUAUUGAGUAUAUUGUGACCAAACCAAUAUUAAGAGAACAUGUUAAUGAGAGUGAAAGGGCCAGGAUUCAAGCAACUAGCACUUAGCAGCGUGCCAUGAUGAACACUACCAACCCCAAACUCUUUAAGUCAUGGAUGGUUUACAAAAUGCAGUCCUUUGGUUUGUUUUAAAAAGUGCUUGCAUUAAUGCAACAGAAUUAAAAAAGGCAAAGAUGGUGUAAACAGUAUGGGGCACUCUAGAAUGUUGAGUAUUGUUAAAACACCAGAAUGUAAAAUGUAAAAUAAAAAUAAACCCAAGAGAGGACUAAACCAUUGUACUUCCAGACAAGCAUCCAUUGACCAUCAUGCACACAGAGCCUGCUCUAUGACUAAAGACAAAAUCAUUCCUGUUGUAUGCUGUCAAGACGAGUCUCGGACUUAUCGAAGUGAAUCGCUGUGUAUGUCAGACUAGACGAUUCACUUCAUGGGACAGCAGCACUGACUGCCUCAGAGUUGCUAAGAUUAUUUAAAUGAGGACAUGGCUGAAAAUCAUAGUCGGCAAAUGUGACAGGCCCUCACUGACACGAACACUUGCUGGUUUGAACAUGACAUAACCGAUUUGUCAAGUAUUUUCUUCUUUAUACGGAAUCACAAUUACACAGUUAAGCAGCGAAGACACCAAUGAAUCACUUAAUUUUUUGACAUGCUAGGAUGUCUGCAUCUGCCUGCCCACUACAAAUGUUCAAUAUGCUCCUGUGCAGCUGAUAAAAACAACAUUUACAGGGAAAGGCGCUAUAAAAAGAACACUUUGGUAAAAACCCACAACAGCAUUUAUUUGUAUGGUACAUUUGCAUACAAAGAACGUAGCUCAAAGUGCUUUAGGAGAUGUCAAGGAAGAUGUUAAAAGAGAAAACAUAAACAAAUUAGAAACAGAUAGGAAUAUGAAUGAAUACAUGACAUAAAAUUAGUAAAAAAAUAAAUAAAUAAAGUUUUAAGAGAAAACAAUGCAAAUAAAGCAAACUUUGCACACAGAUGAAAAUGGGCACAACCACAAACUUUCCUCAAUCACCACAAAAGGAUGCAUUUCCAGAAUUAGUGGAAUCUCAAGCUUUAUUUUAUAUAGUGCCUUUUGCCAGUACAAAAACACAAUAUAAUAAAAUCAUCUCUAAUUUGCUUUAAGUUUUAUGCAGUUUAGUGAAGGGCAGAAUGGCCACACCUGAGACAUUAGACUGGAGUGUUCAGGGUCACUAAUUUGAGCCUUUUAGUUUACUCAUUACUGGCUUUUAAUCGGCCAUGAAACUCACUCACCAGUAUGUGACUGUAAGCAUCAGUCUGGUUGUUCUGUACUUGCAUACCACUUGCGGAACAAUCACUUUGGAAGGCACUAUAUAGACAAAAUAUUGGCUAGUUUAUAAGAAGAGGGGCAGUGUGUGGUUUGUAAUUUUACGCAGAUCUAUCAAAGUCAUAAGCAAAACCAAAAUUCUUCUCACACUAUAAUAUUUUAUUUAUUUGUUGGGACAAUGUAAGGUAGAUCACCACUUUAAAAUAAAUCAGCCCAAGGAAAUGUUCAGUUCUGUACUUGAUACUAUUUGUACUGUUGUUUUCUUUGUGGUUUAUUACACCUGAGGGAUGUUAUGUAAGUACUGUAACACAAAAAAAUGAUAUGUGAUAUUUUAAAAGAGUAAAAGCAUGUUGUAAAGAGAACCCAGGUGUCUCCAUCCUAAUGUAUAUGGCCUGUCAUCAAUGAGUCAGUCAACAAAUAGCAAUGUGAAACCCCUUUACAAUCUGUUUUUAUGUAUUUAUAAUAAAUAGCUGUACUUCAUACUGUAUGAUGUGUUGUUUUAG